GAAACAUUGUACCUGCCUAGUAUCCUCUCCAAUGUAUUCUUCCAGAUUGAUACCAAUGAGUCACGAUAGCAGUCCAAAUGAUUCUUCUUUUGUCGAUGCAGGCUCCUCCGAGAGCAUCGCGGCACAUGAUAAUUCGAAACAAGAUGCAUCCUCGCUACUCCGCACUACUGAAGGAUCGUCAUUAAGUUCAAUUUCGGAAUCUCUUGUUUCUUUAUCCAAAGGAAGCCUGCAAUAUCCCCCAGCAAACCAAGCCGAAUUAGGGAAGUGCGAUUCAACGUCCGAUACUGGUUCCGAAAGUCGUGUUCCAAAUGGAGGACCGACUGCCAAUUCUGUCAAUGAAACGGAAUCCACAAUCCGAACGGUAGGCAGGAUCGGCGUCUGUGCUCUGGAUGUGAAAGCCCGCAGCAAACCAAGUCAGAAUAUUCUUACGCGCCUUCAAUCGAAAGGUGACUUUGAAGUGAUUGUCUUCGGUGACAAGGUUAUUCUGGACGAGGCUGUAGAAAACUGGCCAGUGUGUGACUUUCUGAUAGCCUUUUUCUCAGAUGGGUUCCCCCUAGACAAAGCCAUUGCCUAUGCAAAACUCAGGAAACCGUUCUGUGUUAACGACCUACCUAUGCAAAAAGUCCUGUGGGAUCGCCGACUUUGCCUGAGGAUAUUGGAUCACAUGGGUGUUCCGACGCCGAAGAGAAUAGAAGUCAACCGGGAUGGCGGUCCAACUUUGGAAUCGCCAGAACUUGCUCAACAUGUCUACAAAUUAACCGGUGUCAAACUUGAAGGACCUGAGGAUGGAACAGGAGGGGGUGCUCGCAAAACCCAAAACGUGUCACUCUCCGAGGAUAGAGAAGCGCUGAUUGUCGACGGGAAGGUUUUUAGGAAACCAUUUGUCGAGAAGCCCGUGAAUGGGGAAGAUCACAACAUUCAUAUUUACUUCCCUAACGACCAACAGUAUGGCGGUGGUGGUAGAAGGCUGUUUCGAAAAGUUGGGAAUAAAAGUUCUGAAUAUGACAGCAACCUUAUUGUCCCCAGAUCGGUGACAGAAAAGGACACCAGCUAUUUAUACGAGCAAUUCUUACGAGUUGAUAACGCAGAAGACGUCAAGGCCUAUACAGUUGGGCCUGAUUUUUGUCACGCAGAAACACGGAAGUCUCCUGUGGUUGACGGACUCGUUCGUCGCAAUACUCAUGGCAAGGAGUUAAGGUACAUAACUAAAUUGAGUAAGGAAGAGGCUGCCAUGGCUACGAAGAUAUCGAAUGGUUUUGGCCAGCGGAUUUGCGGGUUUGAUAUGCUUCGCGUUGAGGAAAGAAGCUAUGUCAUUGAUGUCAAUGGAUGGAGCUUUGUCAAAGAUAACAAUGAUUAUUACGACAAAUGUGCCAAUAUCCUCAGAGAUAUGUUUCUGAGAGAGAAAUGCAGGCUUCAAGGGGGUUUCGACCCGUCCGAUUCUCUUCUUGGUUUCGGCCAAUCCAAGAGGGGCAAUAUGCCAUCCCAUCGACACGGAUUAAAGACUUUAUUGAAAUCGGCGAGCUCGUCGAGGCUUUACGGUGGCCAGCAGACAAAAGGCAAUGAGUUUGGUGCUUCAGAUGCACCUAUUGGCACUAGAUCUGCACUGUUACAUGGGGUCGAAAACACUGACUAUGGCAGCAACUUCGGUGCAUUGAACUCUAAAGAGAGAUUCCAGGCUCCGCAUGUUGUCAAUACACCAGGUUGUAAUUCUGCUGGGGUGUCAGUGCACAUUAACAAUAACGAAGCACCGCCACCUCCAGCUUCGAAGCAUUCCUGGAAGCUAAAGGGCAUGGUAGCGGUAAUAAGACAUGCAGACCGUACUCCGAAACAAAAGUUCAAAUUUACCUUCCAUAGCCAACCAUUUGUUGAUCUCUUGAAGGGACAUCAAGAGGAGGUGGUGAUUAAAGGAGAGGCCGCCCUGGCUAGUGUGUCGGAUGCCGUUAACGUCGCGAUGGAUCAUGGACUUGAGGAUACGGAUAAGCUUAAACUGCUUCGCCUCUCACUGGAGAAGAAAGGUGGUUGGCCUGGAACUAAGGUUCAGAUAAAGCCAAUGUUUCGCAAGCGGAGACCCGAAGAGAUGCGCGAACAUGCCCUAUUUGCACUACCCGCUGGAAGCUUUCAUAAUGAGUCCAUGCCACCUAUGCCGACCGCAGCCUCUUUAGAAAACGAAAAGCCUAUGGCUCAAGCGCAAAAUGAAUCAACAUCCGGUUCAACAUUUUCUCGUUUCUCUGCUGCUGAAAAUGAUCUUAUCCUGGAUAAGUUACAGCUAGUAAUCAAAUGGGGUGGAGAGCCUACUCACGCUGCACGCUACCAAUCUCAAGACCUAGGGCUGAAUAUGCGCGAUGAUCUGAAAUUGAUGAAUAAGGAAGCGCUAAACAAUGUCCGCAUUUUUACCAGCUCUGAAGGAAGAGUGAGCACAAGUGCUCAAAUCUGGGCAUGCUCGUUCCUUGACCAAAAGGACAUUCCGGAAGACCUAAUACAAGUGCGAAAAGAUCUCCUUGAUGACUCGAAUGCCGCAAAGGAUGUGAUGGAUAAAGUUAAAAAGAAACUCAAGGUUCUCUUGCGGGAAGGUUCUGCACCAUCGCAAUUUGUUUGGCCAAAAGACAGUAACAUCCCAGAGCCUUCCGUUGUCCUUGCCAGAGUAGUCGAACUUAUGAAUUUUCACCGAGACAUCAUGCGAGAGAAUUUCGAGAAGCUUGAUAAGUCGCCAAACCAAAUAUCUACGCCUUCCUUUUCAGACGGGCCUACAUCAUCAAAUGAGCCCAAUUCAGAGACUGAAUCUCAACCCCCGAAUUUGGUUCAGAAACGAUGGUGCGCUGGCGAAGAUCCUGGCCUUUUUAAAGAGAGAUGGGAGAAGCUCUUCGCCGAAUUUUGUGACACUGAGAAAGUUGAUCCCAGUAAACUCUCCGAACUGUAUGACAGUAUGAAGUUCGACGCACUUCACAACCGACAAUUCUUAGAGUGGGCAUUCAUGCCCCCCGACGAUUUCAAUGAUGAAGUUGAAAUGGGUGGGCUCAACUCGAGUCGCGCUGUGAAAAAUGUCGCUAACGGAGAAAGUAAAAUUGCCCCGGAUACAAAAUUUUACGAAAAGAUUGAGGAGCAUACGGAGAACCAGAAACUUACACAUCGGAUAAGGUUUAAAAAGCACUCAAGUGCUUUCGAGUCCAUCCCGCACUUAAGGGCAUUAGAUGAUUCUUAUGAUCAUUAUUUCAAGCUGUAUCCUGGUUCCACUCCUACAAAGGCUAAGCUGGAUAGAAGACUGGCUAAACUAAAGGAGCUGUACAAGCUAGCCAAGGUUCUUUUCGACUAUGUGACACCCCAGGAGUAUGGGAUUACAGACCGCGAAAAGCUAGAAAUUGGGCUGUUGACAUCUUUGCCCCUUCUUCAGGAAAUUGUUCAGGACCUGGAAGAAGUACAGGCCUCCACAGAUGCAAAGUCAUUCUUCUAUUUCACAAAAGAGUCCCAUAUUUACACGCUUCUGAAUUGCAUCUUGGAAGGUGGCAUCCAGACAAAGAUAGCAAGGAGUGCUAUUCCAGAAUUGGAUUACCUAUCCCAGAUAUGCUUCGAGCUCUAUGAAGCCAAAGACAGCGAGCUAUCGAAAAAUUCUUAUUCAAUUCGCAUUUCAAUCAGCCCUGGCUGCCACGCUUUUGACCCGCUUGAUGUGCAACUUGAUUCCAGGCAUGCUAUUGGCUGCGCGCCUAGAAGAAGCUUGACUGCUCAUCAGGAUUGGAAGGAGGUUAUCGAGACCCUCAAAGCCAAAUUUGACACAGUCAAGCUUCCCAAGACAUUUAUUGCUGUCAAUCUAAGCGACAAACAUGCCUCGAAGCUAAAGGGGGGAGCAUGAAUGUCAUGGCAGAUGUUUGAGGAAUGCCGUACCCAUUUCACUGCUCACCGGAGAUUGCCUGAAGCGUAUGCAUGAAUGAUGACCUCUUUUGUACUGUGCAGGAAGUUGGGGAAGCUAAGAGUCGGGAAGUCGCUUUCCUCAAAAUUUCAUGGCCAUAGGCCUGUCAAGGAAUAGUCAAACUACACUAUAUCGUGCAUAUGAUCACCUGGUAGAGUUGGGAAAGAGUAUGGCUGGGCUUUUACUGGCUUCAAACAUGAGUCAUUUUGUCUUGUCUAUUUCUGGAUAUAUAUAUUUUUGGGAGGGCUAUCAACCAUGCCAUUGCUAUGCCAAAGGGGGGGCCCAUUUCACUGGUUGCAGCUUAACAGGAGUAUUAGUAAAUACUACUGAAGUAGCACUGGCCUCUGGGUUGAUUGAAGUGUACAUUAAAUGCUUGUCUGCUCUGCAGGACUAGACCCACAUGGGUACUCUGUAGUACUAAUUUACUAGAAUAAUAGAAAUGGA